AUGUCGUGGGAAACAAUAAGCCUGGCACCCAAUGCUGGAUCUUCAUGCAAGCUGCAAACAUCCUCCUUUGAUCCCAUCGGCGUGUGGUCUCGCAACGACAAGGUCUCCGUUCACGCAUGGCACGGGACGCCAUCUCCACAAGCCAAGAAAUCCAUUUUAGUGCUGAGUUCUGGUGCAGCCUGCCGCGGACUUCAUACCAGCUUCAGCUCUUCGCCCCGCCACCAUUUAUUUGAUUGGGGACCAUUUGGGGAUGCGAAUGUCGCUGGCGUGUGGACAUUUGUCGGGGCAUUUCUGCAUUGGUACAGCGUAAGACCAGGUUGA